AUGGCCAAACGCUUGACAGUAAAGAUGGUGGAGCGGUGCCAAAUUCGUCCGCCACCAAACUCAGUUCCACAAGCAUCCCUAAUGCCCCUAACUUUCUUUGACCUACCAUGGCUCUUCUUCCCUCCAUCCCAACCUCUCUUCUUCUAUCCAUACCCUUACCCUACUUCUCACUUUUUAUCCACAACUCUCCAAACCCUCAAGCAUUCUCUUUCUCUUACUCUCCAACUCUUCUUUCCUCUCGCCGCCCACCUUGUGAUCUUGGAUUCUAACUCAACACCGCCCCAACCCCAGCCCAAACCCAAUAUUGCUUACAACGAAAACAACAACUAUGUUUCAUUAACUAUUUCCGAGUCUAAUGCUGAUUUUCGUCGUAUUUCAGGCAAUCUUCCUCGAGAUGUCAAAGAUUUCCAUCCACUCGUGCCUUCGCUUGAAAGCAGCCUGUCCAGUGAUGAAAACCAUGCCGUACCUUUGCUCGCAGUAAAAGUAACUGUAUUUCCGAAUUCUGGUUUGUGCAUAGGACUAGCAUAUCACCACGUGGCCGCUGAUGGAAGGACGUUCGACAAUUUCAUCAAGACAUGGGCCUCAUUCCAUAAAGAUUCUUCUUUCUCGUUUAAGUCAAUGCCAUCCUAUGAUCGGACGGUGGUAAUUGACAAGCAUGGUCUUGAGACCAUUUUCUUGAAUGAGUGGAGGAAGAAAACGUCUGAAAAACAAAUUGUUAUGGGUACCGAAAGCAAAGCAGAUGAUCAGUUUUCAGAUAUGGUUAGAGCCACAUUUGUGAUGGGGUUGAGAGACAUGGAGAACAUCAAAAGCUGGAUUAUUGCAAAAUGCAAGAACAAAAAUCUGUCAGAACCCGUACAUUUAUCUCCCUAUGUAGUGACGUGUGCUUUUGUUUGGGUUUGUUUGAUGAAAGCUCUAACUCAUGAAGCUGAGGGUGUAAUGGAUAACAAGUUUUUUGAUGAUCAGCCACAGUAUCUAUGUUAUUUCGGGUUUAACGCGGGCGGUCUAAACCGCUUCGACUAUCCCGUUCCGGCUACGUACUUUGGCAAUUGUGUUGGAUUUGGCAGGUCCGAGGCUACAAUUGAUGACUUAAUAGGAGAAAAUGGCAUCAUUUUUGCGUCUAAAGCCAUAGGAGACACGGUUAAGAAAUUGGAUAAAGCAUUACUUGGAGAAGCCGAGAGGUGGAUUUCGGACUGGGAGGUUUUUUGGGGGUCGGAUCUCCAUAUCAUGGUUGUUGGGUCACCUAAGUUGGAUGCGUAUGAGACAGAUUUUGGGUGGGGGAGACCUACCAAAAUUGAAGAGAUUUCAAUUGAUGGUCGGGGAGCCAUUUCCCUUACUGAGAGCAGAGAUGAGAAAGGCGGCAUUGAAGUGGGAUUGGCUCUUCCAAAGCCCAAAAUGGUUGCUUUUACCUCUCUCUUCGCUCAAGGUCCCAGCUAAGAAGGAAAAAACAUGAACCAUUUGCGAAGCACCUUUUUCUUAUUUGCUUUUACUUUUGCUUUCGUCGUUGCUUCUGGAAUGAAUAAUAGGACAGAUACUUGCUGUCGGAAGAGAUUGUCCAAGUUCUCUUUUA